ACAUCAAGGUAGUGCCUCACUGGGGUUGUUGUUGUUGUUGUUGUUGUUGUUAUUAUUAUUAUUAUUAUUAUUAUUAGCUUUAGGCUUCAUUAUCUUCCUUCAUUCCCUCUACUGAGAAAUAAGAAUCCUCAGACAAAUGACAUUUAUAUUGGGAGAUCUGACUUAGAGGGUGGGCAAUUCACAGGUUCUUUGCUCAAGGAGCUUCUGGCUUGUAACAUUAGAAUAUAUAUAUAUUGGCAAUUUAUACAGGUCAAUAUACAGUACAUGGCAAGUACUAUCAAUGCUAUAAUUCUGUUUUGUUUAAGAUUGAGAACAUUGCAAAAGAUAAAAAUGUACAUUGCAAAAAGUAAAAUGUUUGCUUUUUCUCAGAGUCUGAAUAAAGAAUUAAUGUGCAUGGUUCUUGUUAACAUUUGUGUUUCAAAAAACAUUGAAGGAAGGGUAUUAGACUGACAUCAGCCUCUUAAAUCACAUGACUGAUUUUUCCAAUAGAUUGGACAAGAAAAAAUAAAUCACUGUUUAGUUUUUUGUUUCUCCUAAUAAAAGUGCUGUAUCCUAAUAAAAACUCUAACUUCCAAUAAGUUUCCCUUUUUAUAUUAAAAGAUAAUAUGCAUAAGUUUGAGAUGUAUUAAAUUUGCAAAAUAAUUAUGCAAUGUAUUCUACUGAUAUAAUAAUUUCUAGUGUAGCAGCCAUAAUCAUCCUUAUUGUUGUUUUCCACUAGGUAUCUUAAAAACUACCACAACUAAUCAUAAAGAUUCUGCCCUUGUGAUGGAGAUUCAGAGUGAUCUCUUACUUAUUUUGUCAACUCUUUGUGAAAGUAAUCUCCAUAGAAAGGAGCUCUUUGGAUGGGAAGGAGUGGAUACCCUUAUUCCAUUUAUGAAGAUAGAUGCCAAAAAUUUCUAUAGUGGAUUGGGUCAUAAUCGUCUUCUUUUCUGUGCUCUGGACUGCUUAUGGUGCUGUGUCAUGGGUUGCACUAUUUUAGAAGACUAUUUUCUUGAAAAAGAAGGUCUCUUCACUCUGUUAGAUUUGCUUUUAUUAAAUCAAAAGAAUGUGUGUAACCUAAUUCUUGGAAUAUUAGUUGAAUUUUGUGAUAAUCCUAAAACUGUAUCCCACAUCAAUGUUUGGCGAGGGAAAAAAGACCAAACAGCAGCUAAUUUGUUAAUAAACUUAUGGAGACAAGAAGAAGAAGAAAUGGGAGUGAAACAUGAUAAAGCUGGAAGAAUUGUUGGUAAGUAUUGGUCCAUGGUAUUUUACCUCAUGAACAACCAUAGUGUGAAGCAGGGUGGGAUUCAAAUAUGUGAACAACUGGUUCUCUCUGUGGAUGUUGCUUCUGGAAGUCCAUUCUGGGCCUGGGCAACAAAAAAAUUAACUACCAGUUCUACCAAACUGGUGCAAACUGGCUGAAUCCCACCACUGGUCUGAAGGCAAUCUUAAUUUUUCAGUUUUUCUUAAUGCUAUAUAAAUACUUCUGCUAUGCUAAAGUUGCUUUUAAUGCUUUGAUGUUAGAAGAAACGUGAGUAAGUCAGUCAACAGAAAAGUUGGAUAGGAGAAGGCUUGAUCUGCAGUUAACUACUGGCAAAAAUCACUUGAACGCAUCAACUUGACAGCUGUUUCAAUAUCAGUUAUUAGGCAAAUUACACACAGUCAUUAAAAGCAAUGGCACAUGACCAUCACUUCAGAUUUCUUCCUGGGUUCCCCAUUGAAUUUGUUUGUGGGAAGCUGACAGUGAAGAUUGCAAAUAGUGAUCACCUGAUUGUGGGAUACUACAACUACAAUAAUUGUGCACCAGUUGCAAAGUGCACAAAUUAUAAUUGUGAUUGCAGGGGCAUGUGGCAGCUACAAUUUUGAGGGCCAGUCCUCAUUUGGUACUGUCGUACCUUCAAACGGUUGCUUCAAUGAGCAGCAACUAAACAAGGACUACUUGUACCAGAAUCAUUGAUUCAUUUAUCAUAUUUAUAUGGCCAUCCAUUUCAUGAAAAAAUCACUAGGUAGCAUAUAAUAAAAAACACAAAACAGUAAUAUAAAAAAAACAAUCACCAAAUCAAUAAAAUUUAAAAAUUCUGAUUAAAAAGCAAAGAGCAGGCAGCAGGAAUUAACAGAAUGGAGGCACCCCAGCAACUCA